CAUAGUUCUCAUUGUUUUAUAAACAUUUUAGAGAUUGUAUCAAACUACAAUUAAAAAAAAAUGAAUGUUCAUGGUCUCAGGCGUAACGUGAAAAAUGUUGUUUGUAAUUAUUCCGAUGCUCAAGUGAAAGUACGUAAAGCGACAUCUAAUGACCCAUGGGGUCCAUCAAGUACACUCAUGAGUGAAAUAUCUAACUUGACUUACAAUAUUGGUGCUUUCUCAGAAAUAAUGCUGAUGAUUUGGAAACGACUGAACGAUCAUGGUAAAAAUUGGAGACACGUAUAUAAGGCUCUGGUGCUUCUAGAUUACUUGAUAAAAACUGGAUCUGAGAAGGUAGCUCAACAGUGUAGAGAAAAUAUUUUUGCCAUCCAAACACUCAAAGAUUUUCAGUACAUUGAAGAAAAUAAAGAUCAAGGAAUAAACGUCAGAGAAAAAUCCAAACAGUUAGUAACGUUACUCAGAGAUGAAGAACGUUUAAAGAGCGAGCGGGUUAGAGCUUUGAAGGCCAGGGAAAGGUUUGCCCAGUCUAUUUCCCACGUAGAUCACGAGACAGGUGGAAUGCAUGAGUCUUCUCGUAGAGAUGCCUACGGAUCCCCAGAUGGUGCUGCUUCUCCAAAAGUGCAAUCAGAACUAGAAGGUGCUCGUCCUCAGAGUCCAGGAGAAGAAGAAAUACAGUUACAGUUAGCUCUAGCCAUGAGCAAAGAAGCAGCUGAACAAGAAGAACGACAACGACAAAAUGAUGACUUACGCCUUCAGUUGGCUAUCACAGAAAGUAGAGAUAAUAGUACUAUGCAGUCGUCAUCUUCAUCUAAUAAUAGACAGGGCAUGCAACAGAAACAGAUUGGUGCAGAUGAUCUGUUUAGACUGAAGAUGGAUGAUCCCUGGUCUUCUUCAACUGUGACUUCGGAACCAACUCUUCCAAGACAGGAAGUGACUGACCCAUGGGGUCUUCCUGUUUCUUCAUCAUCAUCAUUCUCCAUCCAGAUGUCUCCCUCUCACAACGUUUCAAGUACUGCACAAGACCCUUGGAGCUCAGUCUCUUCUAGCACACUGGAUACUAAUACUGAUCCAUGGAGUUCUCUCCCACCUACAAAAUCACAUUUAUCUAACGAUCCAUGGAACACACUUCCAACUACACAGGAUGACCAAGCAUCAGCCUGGACUCAUUUGACAAAAUCCAACAACGAAGAGUUAGAUGAAUUUCAUGGACUUAGGGAUCCUUUAUCUCACGGAGAAGCCUGCCUCAUGUCUCCGUCGCCAAAUGUAUUUGAAAUGUCAGAAAUUAAGGAAAGCUUACCCAGCAAUGCUCAAAGAAUAAAAGAACCAAAAUCUGUGGAAAACUUCCUUGGAGCUAAUUCUAGCCUGGUGAAUUUGGACAACUUAAUAAGCACAAAGAGCUGUAAACUUGUUCCAGGAGCAGGAACUAAUCCUUUUUCCACCACUGUCUACAAUAACCCUUUCCAGCUGGUAAAGCCUCAACCACCGUCAAUUAACCAGCUUCGAGCCCAGAACCAAUUUCAAGCUUUUCCUACGCAUCUUCAAUCUAAUGACCUUGUUGGGUCAGAAGCUUUUCAAACUCCUUUAGAUCCAACUUGUCAGUUUACAGACUAUCCUCAAAAUCCCUUUAUGUAAAGAACCGAAUAUAACUGCUGAAUUUCUUUUCUUUUUUUUGAGACAGUUUUUGUAUAUAAGGAUCAAAUCAUAUAAAAAAAAACAACAACAUAUUGUUAUGUCAUGUUCCUAUACAUAUAUAUAUACUCUGUGUUAAUGCAGUCAAUUACUUCAAAUAUGGUGCUAGCUUCCAGAACAAAAAAAUUCUAAAACUAUGCUCAGUAAUAUAUGAAUUAUUGUUGUUACUUUUUACUCCAGAAGAAUUUGUUAAAGUGUAGAAAAUUACUGAAACAAAUGAAAAAGAGAGAUAGAAAAUUACAAAAAAAAAGGGCCAUUUAUGACUUUCAUAUAUUGUUGGUUUUAACUUGAUUUGGUGUGCUCUCACAACUAUUUCAUUAGUAAAAUCAUUUAUUUGCUUAAGGCUUUGUAAUUCAGUUUUAAGGGCCACCAUGCAACUCAAAAUUUUGUGACAUUAAUAAGACUUGCUGUCUGGUAGUGAGUGACGAAGGAGAAUCGUAGUGAACCAUCUCAAAAUGCUCUAUUUUUUAUACUUUGUGGGUUAAACCAGUUUUUUUUUCUCAAAUAUUUUUAUAUGUAUUUUACUUCAUUCAGUAUUCGUGUCUUUAAAACUUGGUCUGACUUUUAAAAAAAAAUUUAUGAAACAUUUAUUGUAUUUUUUCCUUUUUUUUUGUUU